AUGAUCGAAAUUCAAAUAAAACGCCACCCAGAAUCUCGAAAUGACACUAGAAAAACGGACACAACCACAUUUUGGAGCACAACUUUGACACCUACAUCAACUGUAAACCACAGAAACAGCAAAGUACCUAACAUAAUCACCACAAUCGACACAUGCAGGACACAUUCAACAAACAACAUUUACUAUGGCACUAACUACACAACUAAUACAAUAAAACGUAACUAUAAACAUCUACAAUUAAUACAAUAUUUUAAACAUAGUAUAGCUAUCACUCAUGGCAAGCGAUAUAAUAAUAUCAAACACGCAAUUUACACUGAUGAACUUAACAACAACUACCUAAUAUGCUUAAAUGAAAACACCACAAAUAUCAGUAAUUCUCUACAAACGAUAAAAAACUUAGAGAAAAUAGCACAAUCACUAAAUUUAAACAAAAAAACUUACCUACGUGCUAUAUUCUUAUCAGAAAUAUUUAUUUGUUUAAUCACGCAACUGUGGAAUAUUAAUAACAUCAAACCUUCACAUUUACUAGAAAAAAUUAUAGAUAUAACAGCACUUUCUGCAACUUUAAUCAUGAAAGCUGGACUUUUACAUGACCCAGUAUUCUUAAUAAUGACUGGACAUCUCGGCAAAGACCGAAAACAAUUCAAAAAAAUACCUAAAGCAUCUCGAACUUUCAAUAUUCAAAAUCAAAAUUUAUACUAUGACACAUAUUUCAACGUCAACAACUCAAACAAAUAUUUUCUUUCAAUGAAUUAUUCACAAAGAUUCCACAGAAAACUAACUCUCUACUUCAAUGACUCGUGUAUAAUAAAUCCACUUAUUCCAAAACAUGACUGGAUAAAAAAUCUCUCACAAGAAUACUAUACCAUAGACAACAAUAGUCAAUGUUUAGGUCGCGUAAUAUCAGCUCACACAUUUUAUAACUACGGGUUUUUCAUAGUAAAAGCUCCUCAAGUCAUUCAAUUUCGAAACGCAGUAAUACCAAAUGAAAUGGGCAGAAUAUACAUCACACAUUAUGACAUCACACCACAAACACUCGUAACAAGAAUUCUAACAAGAUCAAUUGACAUAACCAAAGACAAUAUACUCUCCAAAAAUCGUUCAAAAAAGAUGAAAAUCAUUUGCAAAAAAUUAUUAAACUUUGAAAUUCCAGGUCUCACAAAAUAA